AUGGACCAGUCCCCCAAGGCUGCGGAUGCCUCGGCUCGGCCUCAGCGCCCGUCCGUGCAUACCGGCAGCUUCCUCGGGGUGCAGGACCCCGCCGUCAGGGCCCACCCUGGGGGCGGCCUGAGCCCCAGCUCCGGCCUCGACCUUCACCGCCCGAGCAGGGUGUCCCCCACAGGGUUCUUGGGAGGGCCCCACGCGGGGCCUCCCGUAGGGAUCCUCCACCACACCCAGCACCCCGAGACCUCGCCAGACACGGGGCCCCAGCCCCACGGCAGAGCGCCCCACCACGCGCACGGCGCGCCCCACCACCUGGGCGAGCCCGGCGCCCCGAGCGCGCACCACCACGCGCACGGCGCGCCCCACCACCCGGGCGAGCCCGGCGCCCCGAGCGCGCACCACCACGCGCACGGCGCGCCCCACCACCCGGGCGAGCCAGGCGGCCCGAGCGCGCACCACCACGCGCACGGCGCGCCCCACCACCCGGGCGAGCCAGGCGGCCCGAGCGCGCACCACCACGCGCACGGCACGCCCCACCACCCGGGCGAGCCAGGCGGCCCGAGCGCGCCCCACCACGCGCACGGCGCGCCCCACCACCUGGGCGAGCCAGGCGCUCCGAGCGCGCCCCACCACGCGCACGGCGCGCCCCACCACCCGGGCGAGCCAGGCGCUCCGAGCGCGCCCCACCACGCGCACGGCGCGCCCCACCACGAGCCCGGCGCCCCGAGUGCCCCGCCCCACCACGGCCGGCCGCACCCCCAAGGCGCGCCCCGCCACCGCGGGACACCCCACCAUCGCGCCGAGGAGCACCCCCCAGGCGGGGAACCCCAAGCCAAGGAGGAGGCCGGCCACGAAGGGCUCCACGCCAAGCUGCCAUCCAGAGAACGGCACGCCAUCAGCCAGGCCACCCUCAGCCAGGCCUUCCUGCCGAAGGCCCGCCCCAGCAUCACGCCCUCGGCCAUGCGCUUCAGAGAUUCCCUCCACAGCGGCGGCCCGUCCCGCGUGACCAUCCUGUCCCGCUCCUCCCGGAGCUCCGCCAAAGUCCACCCCCAGUUCACCACCAAGGAAUCAGAAACCUGGCAGGACGAGGAGAAGGUUCACAAGCGCAAAUUGGGCAGGAUCCCACGGAUCCACAAGAAGAUUCACGCUGGGAGUCUCGUCCAACAGAUAUUGGAUAAAAUAUGCGCUAUUCUGGGGACCCUGCGGAUUAUGACGCGGUCAUUGACCUACUCCCUAGGCUUUGAAACAAUCAUCUUCCUUUUUGUCUGCCUUAACACCAUCAUGCUGGUAGCUCAGACCUUUGCUGAACUUGAGAUCCGGGGUGAGUGGUACUUUUUGGUCUUCGACAGUAUUUUCCUCUGCAUCUACGUCUUAGAAGCCCUGCUCAAGAUCAUUGCCCUGGGCCUGGAGUAUUUCAUUGAUCCCUGGAACAAUCUGGACUUCUUCAUCAUGAUCAUGGCAGUGCUGGAAUUCGUGUUUAUACAGAUCAAUUCCCUCACCUACUCCUUCUACAACCACAGCAUCUUCCGGAUCCUCAAGGUCUUCAAGAGCCUGCGGGCUCUGCGGGCCCUCCGGGUCUUAAGGAGACUCAGCAUCCUGACCAGUCUCCACGAAGUGACAGGGACCCUGGCCCGAACCUUGCCAUCGAUCACCGCCAUCCUAAUCCUCAUGUUUACCUGCCUCUUCCUCUUCUCUGUGGUUCUCCGGGCUCUGUUCCGCCAUUCGGACCCCAAGCGUUUCCAGAGCAUCUUAACCACUAUCUUCACCCUCUUCACCCUGCUCACCCUGGAUGACUGGUCCCUCAUCUAUUUGGACAGUCGGGCCCAGGGUGCCUGGUACAUCAUCCCCAUUCUCAUGAUCUACAUCAUCAUCCAGUACUUCAUCUUCCUCAACCUGGUGAUUGCGGUCCUAGUGGAUAACUUCCAGAUGGCUCUACUCAGAAACUUAGAGAAAGUGAAGCAGGAGAAAGCUGCCCAGAUCCAUGAGAAGCUGCUGGACGACUCCCUGACAGAGCUUAAACAAGCAGAAAAUGAAGAAAUCAAGAAUUCAAUUGCCUUGGGAAAGGAGUUCAUUGAGAGAAAGUUCGGGACCAUGACAGAGAAGCAGCAGGCGCUCCAGUUCCAGUUCCUGCAGCUGGUGGCUGCGGUGGAGCAGCAUCAGCAGAAGUUCCGUUCCCAGGCGUCUGUCAUAGAUGAGAUUGUUGACAUCGCCUUUGAGGCUGGAGAAGAGGACUUCACUCAGUGA